AGAUAAACGUGUUCUAAGGUACAAGAGAAUGCCGUCGGUCCUGGAUCGAAUCCAUUCGAACCCUAAGAACUCGGUAAUUUGAUCUCUGAGGUCAGUGUUCUCAUCUUUUGAAGGUACGUUCCGUUGAUUUUGUCACGCAAUUCUGUUUCGGCGCUUUCGUUCUCUCUAGGGUUUCAUAUCCAAAAGAUUGUUUCUUCAUAAAGGGGAUCUAUUUGGUAGUUCCAAGAUUGAUUCAGAUCUGGGUUCUUUCGAUUACAUGUGAACAAGAACUAUGGGAGAAGAUAAUCCAGCAGGUGAGAAUCCUAGGAAACGCCCUGCUUUGAGCGAUAUAAGCAAUCGACCAGUAAAGAAAGGAUUGUUAAUCAUUAAGGGUCAACCACGACGUAAAUACAAAGAUGGAGAAGCUCACCAGGUUAAUGAUAAGGAUAAAUUGAGCCAAGGUAUUGGAAAUGUAGGUAAAGAGAGAUGUGGAUCCAAGCGCAGCAUUAAUGAUAACAGUGUUAUAAGUAAGAAGGCUUGUAUUUCAGAACCCAACUACACUGAGAUUAACUCACUGAAGGGAAAUUUUGUAUCUGGAAUGUUAAAAAUAACAUCUGCAGUCCAGCAAACUGGUACAGUCCCCUCCAGCAGUAUUCAUUCACUGCAGGACAAUGCUCGUUUUGGAAGAGUUACCUCUGAUGUUGUACCAAGCAAUAGCAUUUUAGGCAAGGAGACUGUGGUUCAGAAAGAUUUCAAUGAAGUUUGUGCCGAUGGCUUGGUUUUGAGUCAAGAGGGAUCAUCUGUUGGAUUACCAAUAUUACACACAUCUCAAGGUUCUAAUUCUUGUGCACUUGAAAGAUGCACUCAGAUAAAGGAAAAAUGCACCACUCAGCAGUCAGAUAUUGAUAUGAUCAAAGAUUGCAGUUGUCCUUUGUGUGUUAAAGCUGCUUAUAUUUGGUCGGACCUUCUCUAUCAAGAUUUCAAAGGUCGAAUAUCAGCAAUUGAGAAGAGUCGGAAGCAAGCAAACAUGUUGGUUCAGAGAAACAGCAGUAAUAUGGGAACUAGUGUACAACAAGGUCCAGAUAGCUGUUCAAAGUUGGAAUCUGAUCUUAUGUGCCAGUGGAAGUUCCUCUUUCAGUCUAUGGAAAAUAUACUAGGUUCUGAAGCAAGACAACUAGAAGGUAGUCUUUUGGAAUUGAAUGAUCUGCGAGAACAUUUCAAAAAAGAUCUAGACGAAAUAAACCAGAAGUCUGCUGCGAAAGAAUAGGAUGCUACUGCUGCUGCUGCAUUUUGAUAAUUUUAAAAGUUUGGAGUAUGUCUCACUGUACUAUUUGGAUAGUUAAAUACCCCCGAAAAUCUAUUACUUUCUGAUUUGGUUUCUUUUGGUAUAUACUAAUUACUAUAUAGUGAUAUUGUAUUUGGUUUGUGUUUUGGGUUUUUAGGACUAUUCAAUCAACCAUCCAUUUGGAAUAUGACACUAGUUAGUUGUAUUGUAUUCAAUCAAUCAUCCGUUUAGUACU